UCUCACUCUUCAUUACCUUCUUCACUCUCACUCACUCUCUCAGGUACUCUCUCUUUCUUCAUCUUUCUUACUCUCUCUCUCUUCUUCUUCUUUUGCUUCUCUUCCUCGCUUUUCUCCGGAUAAUCCUCCAAUUCUUUCUUUUGUCAACGAGUGUGUAAUUUAUCUCAGCAAUGUCGGAUCUUGAGGCUCCAUUGCGUCCUAAGAGGAAGAAGAUUUGGGUGGACUAUUUCGUUAGCUUUCGAUGGAUCAUUGUUAUUUUCGUGGUCCUUCCCAUAUCCUUCACUCUUUAUUUUCUUACAUACCUUGGGGAUGUGAGAUCUGAGUGGAAGUCCUACAAGACUCGGCAGAAGGAGCAUGAUGAGAAUGUGAAGAAGGUUAUAAAGCGUCUCAAGCAGAGGAACCCAUCUAAGGAUGGUCUUGUCUGCACUGCUAGGAAGCCCUGGAUCGCUGUUGGGAUGCGAAAUGUUGACUAUAAAAGGGCCCGUCAUUUUGAGGUUGACUUAUCUGCUUUCAGGAAUGUGCUUGAGAUCGACAAAGAACGGAUGAUUGCAAGAGUGGAGCCUCUGGUCAACAUGGGGCAGAUCACUAGGGUCACUGUUCCCAUGAAUCUUGCCCUUGCUGUGGUUGCAGAGCUUGAUGAUCUCACUGUUGGGGGUCUUAUUAAUGGCUAUGGUAUUGAAGGAAGCUCUCACAAAUAUGGCCUGUUCUCUGACACUGUGGUGGCGUAUGAGAUUAUUUUGGCUGAUGGCACUCUUGUUAGAGCCACCAAGGACAAUGAGUACUCUGAUCUGUACUAUGCCAUUCCAUGGUCUCAGGGAACACUUGGCCUCCUUGUUGCUGCUGAGAUCAAGCUUAUACCCAUUAAGGAGUACAUGAAGGUGACCUACAAGCCUGUUGUUGGCAACCUCAGAGAUCUCGCACAGGGGUAUAUCGAUUCUUUUGCUCCCAGAGAUGGAGACCAGGAUAAUGAUGAGAAGGUUCCGGACUUCGUUGAAACAAUGAUUUAUAAUCCGACCCAAGGUGUGAUGAUGACAGGAAGAUAUGCUUCAAAGGAGGAGGCCAAGAAGAAGGGGAAUAAGAUCAACAGUGUAGGAUGGUGGUAUAAAACCUGGUUCUAUCAGCAUGCAGAGACGGCUCUGAAGAAAGGAGAGUUUGUAGAAUACAUUCCUACCAGAGAAUAUUACCACAGGCACACAAGGUGCUUGUACUGGGAGGGAAAGCUUAUCCUCCCGUUUGCUGAUCAAUGGUGGUUCAGGUUUCUGUUUGGCUGGUUGAUGCCACCCAAGGUUUCUCUCCUCAAGGCUACUCAAGGUGAAGCUAUAAGAAACUAUUACCAUGAAAUGCAUGUCAUCCAGGACUUGCUUGUUCCAUUGUACAAGGUGGGAGAUGCUUUAGAAUGGGUUCACCGCGAGAUGGAGGUAUACCCCAUUUGGCUCUGCCCACACAAAUUGUUCAAGCUGCCUGUUAAAACUAUGAUUUACCCAGAGCCAGGCUUUGAACUACAUCGCAGGCAGGGAGACACCCCAACUGCUCAAAUGUACACAGAUGUUGGAGUUUACUAUGCACCAGGUCCUGUUCUCAGGGGAGAGGUAUUUGAUGGGGCAGAAGCAGUGCGUAAAUUGGAGAACUGGUUGAUUGAAAAUCAUGGUUUUCAGCCACAGUAUGCUGUGUCUGAGCUGUCUGAGAAAAACUUCUGGAGAAUGUUCGAUGCUGGUUUAUAUGAGCAUGCUAGGAGGAAGUAUGGAGCUGUUGGGACCUUUAUGAGCCUGUACUACAAAUCAAAGAAGGGUAGGAAGACUGAGAAGGAGGUACAAGAAGAAGAACAAGCGCACCUUGAAACUGCACAUGCAGAAGUUGAUCAACCAGUAGACUGAUUUUGAAUUUUGAUUCAUAAGAUGGUAGUAUUUCAUUGCAUCCUGUUUCGUCCCUAUGCAGAAGUUGAUCAGCCAGUAGACUUAUUUUGAAUUUUUAUUUAUCUAAUGGUAGAAUUUUAUCGCAUCCUGUUUCAGUAUUUAUUGUUUUGCCUUUGUAUUUUUGGUUCUCUGGCUUCUGAUUGCCUCAGUUCCUGAUACUGUUUCGGUGUUUCCAAUGUCUUUGAUGAAUUAUUUAUGUGGACUUAACAUGAUGAGUUUAAGUGGUAAGACUAUUAUGCCUUUGUACUCCA